CUCACCACUUUCUGCCACACGGUGACAUCGUGAAGCCUUCAAUCAAACCUUGUGCAUUUACUCAUGAGUCGAUGCUCCCUCUUAGCAGUUCAUGUCCAUUUUUAUUCACCUUCACCCUUUGGCGGAAUCAUUGCCCUUAGCGCGCUUUUGUUUCCGCGGACGGCCAGCCCAUUUCGAAAGGCAGUGGUGAAUCGAACCAAACCUCCAUAUGGAUUGCAUCUACCACCCUCGAUUUGCGGAGCUCCUCCCUACGCAAAUCUAGCAGAGAUCAGCGGUGGAGCGUAACACCUCUGCAACCAUAGCACAACGAAAGCAAUGGCCGCGCCGGUCAUACAACAAUGGGAGUAAGUACCCUAAUCACACUCUCACUGUGCGC